CAAAAAAAAAAAAACAACUCUAUGUGAGUUCUUAUAUUUAUUAAUUAAUUAAAUUUCUUUUUAUUAAAAAAUCAAAAAAAGUUGGGAGUUUUUUCAUAAAUUGAUCAAAAUUUUAGUUUUGAUUGGUGACCUUAUGAACUGAAAAAUGAACAAAAAUAAUGAAAAAAAUCAUUUGAAGUAUUGAAUAAAAAUGUAUAUGAAUUUCUGUUCGAUCUAUUCCCCAUCAAAAUUGGAGGAUGGUUUUCAUCUUCAUAGAUUUUUUUUUCAUUCAUAAAUAAAUUAGAGGAAUAGAUUGGGAUCCAUAUGUUUUUAUUUUGUCAAAAAAUCAACAAAAAUGGUAUAAAAUUUGAAGAACUGAAAAUUUGAAGAACUGAGCAAGAACUAAAAAAUGGUAUCUUUUUAUAAUAAAGUGAUUUUAAAGAACAAAAUUUAAAUUUUAAUCAUUAUUGUGUUUUUCUAAAAUCAAAAAUCAAAAUCCAUUUUAAUAUCUGCAAAUAAUCAACACCAGUCUGGUAGUUUACCAGUGCUCUCGUCUCCAUAAUAGCCCUAAAUUAUCUUCUUUCUUUCUGAUGGAACCCGAAUAUUCCUUGGAAAUUAUGACCAGAGAACACAUCGGUACUAUGAUAUCUGUCUUGCUCGAAACUGAAGCUUGUUUGAUAUUUAUUUCCUCUUGUUUAACAAUCUAGAUCGGGAUGAAUGAUAACAGUAAUAUUUUUCGAUUGUUUUGUUUCUCUCUAUAUAUAUUGUUUGUUCUUAUUGCUUUUGUGAAACACUGGCAGUGGCUAAUAUAGGAGUCUUCUGGAACAUGGAUGACAGUCCCAUCCCUGACGGUCUCGAUCCUACUAGUGUUUUGGAGUUCAUCAAAGGGGCUUUUGAAAAUAUGGGCUAUCUUGGUAGACUUAUUAAAAUUAGGGCUUAUUGUGAGGAUAGGUCAAAACUUAUUUCUUACUGUGAUGCUGCCGGAAUCCUUUCACAAAACCGAGGUGAAUAACAUCUGUUUUUUUUUUUCUGGUUUAGUUUAUAUAUAUCUUCGUCUAAAUCUCUUUUGAUAUAUAUAUAUAUAGUGUCCAAAGUUGGAUAUGCUGAAGUUGACCAUAUGUUGGUGGACAUUCUUACCUGGGGACUGUAUAAUCGGGCACCCUCAAACUUGAUGGUAAUCUCAGAAAAAAUCUCAGAAGGAACGGAGCUAUUUGGUGUACUUGAAGAUUUGAAAUUGUUGAAUUACAAUACUCUUGUUUCAUCUCUUGGGGAAGACGCACCAGCAGACUUAGUUUGUUUGUCCACACGCCUGUUUGGUGGAGGAAAGCCUGUCGUCCACCAAAGCAUAAGCUCACAUGGUGUCUCCAAUAAGCUGGCAGUGGCAGAACACAGGCGUCUUCUGGAACUUGGAUGACUGCGAAACCCCUGAUGAUACUGAUAUCUAUCAGAAUGUCAAAUCAGCUCUUGCAAAUCAAGGUUGCCAUGGUCAAGUGUCAAUCUGGGCUUAUUGUGAGGAGGACAAGGAGCCCAUCCCUGGUAUCACCCUUGUAUCCGCAGGCGAUGAAACUGCGAGAUUCAAGAAAAUGCUUAGGGACAUUCUUUUCUGGGCGUUGCAAAAUCCUGUCCACCAUCGGAGAACAACAGUACCCAGCUUGACGGUAAUCUCAAACAUCUCAAGGAACAUUGAAUUUGCCCAUGUUCUUCAACUAUUGGCUUCGAGAGAUUACAAUGUACUCCUUACGGUUCCUGAUAAGAAAGAAUAUAUAUGCUCCGUAUGGCUCUAUCCAUGCCUAAUACAAAGCCAAAUAAAAUUUCCCAGUUGUACAAGAUUGGACAAGAGCUUGCAUGGUAAGAUCUUAUUUCCCUCCCUCUUGUUUACUUUUCUAGACUUCAUAUUAUAAUUUGUUUAUGUGUUCUGUGUGUUUGUGAAACUUCGUAGAUAUCAAAACAGGCAUCUUUUGGAACAUUACGGGCUGCACAUUCCCCAAUGAUAUUCAUCUCGAUGAACUUAAUCAGAAUAUCAAAUUAUCUAUUGAAAAUCAGGGCCAUCAUGGUGAAGUGACAAUCAAAGCUUAUUGGGAGGGGAGAAGUGGCUUAAUACCAUUGGCUCCAUGGAACCAUCACCUUACAAA